AGCAAAGCUUCGUUCAGCCCUAGUUUUAGAGGGAAAAUGUAUCGUUUUUGUCCACAGAUUUUCACCGGGACUGCUUUCAACUCCUAUUUGUUAACGCUGCUACUUGAAGGUUUUUAUUUGAAGAGACAUUGCACUAGAAAUUGGUCGUCGAUUGGCUGAUUUUUGUGAACGUUCUUAUAAUUUUGUAUGAAAAUGCCAAGGUCCAAGAAGAGGAGUAACCGAGGGGGCCAGCAGAGGGCAGUGCAGCCGUUCAGCGAUGAGGACGCCUCCAUCGAAACCCUCAGCCGCUGCAGCAGCUUCAGCGAGACGGCCAGCGUGGCGGACGACGGAGGAGAGGCGGCGGAGGACGUGGCCCUGGAGGACUUCCAGUACAAGCUAAAGGGUUUCAUCGACAGCACUGUGGAUAAAAGUGCUAAAACCAGGCAGAGCGCUCUAGACGGAUUGAAGACUGCCAUGGCAACCAAAAUCCUGUCCGAGUUUAUCCUGGAGAGGAGAAUGACCAUCACAGACAGCAUCGAGCGGUGUCUGAAGAAAGGCAAAGGGGAGGAGCAACGGGCGGCCGCCUCCCUGGCCUGCCUCCUCUGCAUCCAGCUGGGCUCCGGGAUCGAGAGCGAGGAGGUGUUCAAGACCCUCAAACCCGUCUUCAAGAACAUCCUCAACGACGGGACUGCCAACAUUCAGGCUCGGCAAGCGUGUACAACAAGUUUGGGCAUUUGCAGUUUGGUCGCUGAAGACGACAUCUUGGACGUGUACUCGACCAUGGAGUGCUUCGAGGGCCUGUUCUCCAGGAGCUACGCAAAGGGGGACGAGAGUCGCGCCACGUUGGGGCACCAGACCACCGUGCUGCACACCCACGCCCUUCUGUCCUGGGCCCUCCUCCUCACCAUCUGCCCCGCCUCCGAGGUCCGGAACAUUCUCAGGAAGCACCUGCCCAGGCUGCCCACCCUGCUGGAGAGCGAGGACGUGAACAUGAGGAUCGCCGCGGGAGAGACCAUCGCCCUGCUGUUUGAGCUGGCCAGAGACCUGGACGCUGAGUUUGAGCAUGAAGGCCUGGAGCCCCUGUGUGAGAAGCUGACCGCCCUGGCCACCGACUGCCACAAGCACAGGGCCAAGAACGACAAGCGCAAGCAGAGGUCCGUGUUCCGGGACGUCCUGCGCGGCGUGGAGGAGGGAGACUUCCAGACAGAGACGAUCCGCUUCGGCACAGAGCGCAUGGAGAUCGACAGCUGGGUGAGGAAGAGGAUGUACGACGCCUUCCGGGAGUUUGUGGGGUCGGGAAUGAACUACCACCUGCAGGCCAACGAGUUCAUCCGGGACGUGUUUGCGCUCGGGCCGCCGGUGAUGGUGGACUCUGCCACGCUCAAGGCCAUGAAAAUCUCCCGCUUCGAAAGGCAUCUCUACAAUGCGGCCGCUUUUAAAGCCCGUACCAAGGCCCGGAGCAAGGUUCGAGACAAGCGGGUGGACGUCGGAGAGUUCUAGACAUUCUAAAACUAGCUAGUUCCUUUAAAGUGUCACCAUUAACCCUUUUUUUAAAGAAAAGAAAUGUAUUGGUAGUAGUAUCGAAUUAAUUUAUAUAUUUAUUUGGAUUUUUACCUAAAUCACGUAUCUUAUUGUAAUUUUUUGAAUAAUUGUAUCCUUAAAGUACUGUAAUUGUUGCAAUUAACCUAUGAACCCCCCUCCCACCCCACAAAACCUUGCAUGCUAUUACCUGUACUUUAUUCUGUACUUUAAUCCACACUUUACAUUAUUUUGUGUUUUGGGGGGAAAAGGGCACUCUAAAAUAAAUCUGAAUUGGCAGACUGUGCGUAUCUCUAAAUGUACACACCAGAACGCCUGUUCGCCGCACGUAAUUUGAAACCCCGUCCGGCAGCCUGACGAGUGCAAAUGGCGGUAGAUCGUUAACGGAGGGGGUUUGAGGCCCUUCCCGUCUGCGAAGGGUUGAUAAGUUGGCGGGAAGCCCGAAAUCGAUCGGCGGAUCGCAGGUUGUUUCUGGGUGCGUUGCAUGCGGGUUUAACCACUAGGUGCCCCUUAUCGGGGAAGGGUCGGCUGCAGAAAGCCGGCGUGGAGCCGAUCGGUAGCGAGGACUAAAGGGCUAUUCAUCUGUCGAGUGGAAAUCGAUGCCAGAAGAAGAUGUAGAACCACAGUCCUAAACUGCUGAGGAAUUGGGAGGUUUUUGGUGUUUGAGGUAGACUUAACUGAACAAGAAGCGUGCGCUCCUGUAAUUUUGUAUAGGUGCCAUGUCUGCCUGACCUUUAAUACCACCUAUUUGGCACGACACAUUCCUGAAUUUCUUUUAGUUUUUAAAUCUACUGGUCUUCACAGAAGAAGUUAAUCUGCAUUACAGGACUGCCUUUUGUACAAAGUAAUCCCACAAAAAUAAACCAUGUACUUCAAAUGUC